AUGGAAACCAGCAAGAUCAUCUCAUCUGAUAAAGCCACAGUGGUCAUCCAAGUGAAUCCACAGGUGACACAGAAUAUCGUGCCUGGAGAUGAUGGACAGGAGAGCAGAGGAGCACACCGCAGUACGGCUCUUACUGGGUUUUCCAAAUCACAGCCAAAGGCACUGGGGACUGUCCAGAUAAUGAUUGGAGUGGUGGUUUUAUUAUUGGGUAUCGUACGCACCGCCACUACCCCCCGUUACCCACCUAUCUCUGUCUUCAGUGGCAUCACCUACUGGGGAUCCGUUACUUUCAUCAGUGCUGGAUCUCUGUCUGUUGCUGCGCAGAAUAAACUUCAUCUGUGUGUGGUGAAAGCCUCUCUUAUAAUGAAUGUGUUCAGUGCCAUAACUGCAGCGAUCGCCAUUGUUCUGAUGUCCAUAGAGAUGGAAAUUAAGAUUUCCUAUCCAAGGUGGAGCUAUGGCGAUGGUAGUUCUUAUGACCGCUAUAAUUUGAAGGGCUAUGAUCUGGGGAUCGUUGGAGUAAUGCUGGUGUUCUUCAUUACUCAGUUCUUCAUCUCCAUCUGUGUCUCAGCAUUUGCCUGCAAAGCCUCCUGUAACACGGACUCUACAGUGGUCAAUGUGGCACUAAACCAGGUCCUGGACCUGCGCCGGAGGCUUUCCAUCUUCUCCAUCGCCUUCCAGCCUCGUCGGAGAUAUAUCCACCGAGGGUCCUGCCGGAAUUUCCACCACAACAACUCAACAGUAAUAAAGUCCAUCUGGUCCAGCUCACGUUGCCCUCCACGCUACAUCAACCGGGCUGUCAACCACAGUGUGUUAGCCCGCCUAGCUCGAUCGGCUAGCACCACCACCAGCUGUGACAACACUGCACUGAACUUCGCUCUGCUCAACAUCCGCUCACUGACAGACAUCUCAUCCAGGACCUCAACUCCGAUCGUAAGCUAG